GAAGUUUGCGUACGUAUGCUUACAUGGCUUUUAUUUUUGGACAAAACAAACGUUGUCAUUGUAGAAAUGUGAUCACUACUGAUGGUUAUGCUGUAUCCUUUGUGUUUAAGAAAACUGUUUCCAUCCAAGAUGAACCUAGAAGAGAACCAAAGGCUCCCAAGGAUUUUGCUGAUAUAUUUGACUAAUGGAUUACCUACUUUAAAAAC